AUGAUGUUAUUCUAUGUAGGGAUUUUUCUAGAAAUACGUCUCAAAGAGUUCGGUAGUGAAAGCAUCGAGGUAAUUGAUUACGGUCUUGGAAUCCCCGAGGCACAAUUCGAAGGGAUAACGAAAAAACACUGCACUUCGAAAUUACGGGAGUUUGAAGAUUUGGCAAAGGUGGCAACCUUCGGUUUUCGUGGUGAGGCACUUUCCUCGCUCUGCCAACUUGCAGAGAAAGUAUUGGUUGUUUCCAAUGGAGCGUCCGCUUCACUCAGAGACAAUAUUGCAGCAGUAUUUGGGCAAAAUCAACUAAACAGCUUGAUCCCACUAACCGAAGUGAUCACAAUUCCGAAUGAUUUGCUCGAGGAGUUCAACAUCAAGUCUUCCGACGACCUCGAACAUAUUCAACUUCGUGGUUUCAUCAGCAAACCGCCGGGAACGCAGGCCACAUCGGAUUCCUGUUCUCCCAGUCAACGAAAUAGUCCAAAAGUUGGUAGUUCGACCACCGCUAGCCAUGGCCGUUCCAGCUCCGAUCGUCAGUUCGUCUAUGUGAACAAUCGUCCGUGUGAUUUGCCUAAGAUAACUCGUCUGGUUACUGAUCUGUGGCGUCGAUGUUCUCGGGAAGCACUUAGCCUCACCUCAUCCGGAAUGCGAAUGCCAAUCCAGAGCGCUUGCUCUCAGUAUCCGGUUUUUGUACUUCGCUUUGAAGUUCCUUCAGCCAGUGUUGACGUGAACCUCACUCCGGACAAGCGGAUGCUGCUGUUGCGCAACGAGAAACACGUUCUAGCUCUGACAAAGGCUGUCUUGCUACAGUCGUUGUACGAAUCUACCGGCGUGGAUUUGAUCUCGUUAGCACGUCAACCAUCCCCGCUGGACGUGACCACCAUCCAGAUUGUGGAUCUGCCCGUCGAUAGUCAAGUGCGUAUCAGUUAUUGUUUCUGUUCUAUAUUAACUUUAGAAAUGUAUCGUUUUUUAGCAUACACAUACACACACGGAAACUAUACUUACAUGCCAGAAGCUGUAACUAUGCGUCACAGAAAGCACACAGGUGUGCGGGGGAAUGCGGAAAAAUGCUUGUGUAUCGAGAACUGCCGUCAGAAAAUCAAUAUCGGUCAGAUAGUCUUCCGUUACCAACACGUUUCCCAUAUGUGA